AUGGCGCAGCUUUACAGCCUCCCCGCCGAGAUUGUAAAUCAUCUCUUGGGCUUUAUCCCCAGAUCUGAUCUCCUCAAUCUGUCCUAUGUCAGCCGAGCUCUGCGCCGAUCUGUCGAGCCAUUCCUGUAUUCGACCAUUGCUCUCGACUGGGAUUACCAUAAGGUACCUCCGAUCAUCCCUCUUCUUCGCACCCUCCUCCAGAAGCCAGAGCUUUUCGCCUACAUAGACUCCGUAUCCAUGGUUGGAAAUGAGUUUUCCAUUGGAACACGACCUAAGCCUCUGGACCUAACCAAGAUGCCGUUGGACUUGUUUCUAGCUGCCAUCGAGAAGACCCAGGUACCUUAUACCAGUCUUUGGGUUGAUCAAUUGAAAUCAGGUUCAGGCAGCAUGGAUGCACUUGCUGGUUUGCUCAUUGCCAAUCUUUGCAAGAUAAGAUUCCUUGCAAUCACCCACAAUUUUAUCGACAGGUUCAAAGUCACUAGCCGAGUUCUUCAGUCCAAGAUCCUUGGCCAAAUACCCAAUUAUUCCGCAGUCUUUGGCCGCCUGCCCAAAUUUGAACAGCUGAACCGGCUUAUUUAUUCCAAGGAGCGCUCCUCUUCAGACCAUGAUAUCUUCCCGGACGUGAUAUCUCUAUUUUAUCUUCCAACAGCCAGGGACUUGGUUGUCAAUAUAGCGAACCCCGAGAUACCAUUUGAGUGGCCUGCAGGAGAGCCCGACUUCAGCCACCUGACCUCGCUUGAAGUCGAUUGGGUCUAUCCGCGCUGCUUGGCCAAGAUUCUUGACCACACGUGCAAUUUGAAAUCGCUCUACUGGAAUUGGCAAUAUGAUCAGUAUGGCACUGAGGAAUCCGGUUCCCUUUUGGACUAUAAUCAUAUUAUCACGGCCCUAACACCCAUCAAGAGAACCCUGGAGAAGCUCCAUUUCCGCUUGGAAAAGAGCUCGCUCGAGUAUAUUGACGAAGGGAUAGCCACCGCAGGAUCAUGGGAUGGCCUUUGCGACUUUGAGCGGCUCGUUCAUCUUGACGUUCCCUUGAUAUCUCUUACCGGCGUGGAUUCCAAUCCUGAACCUAUGGAGCGCCAUAUCCCGCCCAGUGUUGAAACGCUCUGCCUUACGUCCGCUAUGCUGGUUCAUGAAGAUGCAGUCCUGUGGGUGAUAUAUCCGGAAGAUGUUUCAGAAGAGGAGCUUGAGGAAAUGACUAUGGAGGACUGGCACCCAGAACAAUAUGUAUUCAGGACGAUCAAGGCCUUAGCGGAGAAUUGCCCACAAAAGCUGCCACGACUGCGUCGCAUAGACUUCGUUGGUGAGCACGGAACAUGGAGCGCGCGGAUGGGUCCGUUGAUGAGUGAGGCUAAUCUUGAGCAUGAUGUUGAGCUCCAGCCAAUACACGAGGUAUACUGGCAUAAACGCCGCCUUCCCGGCUAUGUUUGGGAUAACUAG